CCUCGGCCGUUUCAGCAUUCAAGGCCGACACUUGGAGGGGGGUGAUUUUAUUACAGUAGGGCCAGACAGCGUAAACAGGCCUCCAUUCCAAACCUCAUUCAUAGUGUUCCGGCUCAAAUCACACUGUCCUUCUCCGUACCCGCAGCUUUGUUGCAUCUUCUUCUUGCGUAAGCAUGUUCUUCACAGCUGCAGUAGGGCUGUCCCUGGUCAGCAUUGUUCAAGUGCGUGCAGAGGGAGAGGCCCUUGUGACCGAGCUCGCGGAAGAAGUGCUUGCCUGGGAGUCUUCGAAGGUCUUACCAAGUCCUUGGGAGACGGUCUUCAACCGACCGUCGAAUAGGGAUGUGGGCUCCGUCACAGAGCAUCCCAUCUGGGAUAAGUACGACUUGGAGGUGUUUCCAGACUCUCUCGAGACCGUUCGUGAGCAGGACGGCUUCCCGCCCAACAUCGCGAUGGGCAGAGUGCUGAUCAAGGACAGCAAGAAGCCCACUCAGCCGCCUCCGAGCUACCGAAUGACAGGCGUCGGAGGCGAAGAGGUGAGGCACCUCAACGGCAUGGUGAAUCCCGCGGGCGCAACCACAGUGUGGGGUUGGCAGAGGAUCAGGUAUCUGGCCGUCAAGACGUGGAUCGACUACUGGGCGACCCGCAAUACCGAAAAGUUGAUCGUCAUUCAUGCCAGUGGCGAGGUUUUGUAUGCCGGCUGCGAUGAGAACACGAUCCAGUACAAAUACGACGAGAUCAUCACCGCCAGCGGAGGCACUCAGAAGGUUGUCUUAGCUGCUGAGGUGAGCCCAUGGCCUAUGGGUCUGGCGUGGCGUUACGACCAGACAGCUGGCAUCGCGACGACGCAGAGCAACUUCCUGACAGCUGUGGGCGUCUCGUCCACGUUUGCCUCAACCUAUGCCGACUGCACCAACUCGACCGUCGGGUAUUGCACCUCGCCUCCCUCGUACAAGUUCGCGAAUGGAGGCUUCAUCAUGGGCCCUAUCGGGGAUAUCGCAGAUAUGCUCGCCGAUAUGUACUACUAUGCCGACUCAGAGAGCAUGCUUAUCAACGAGUACUUUCUCCAUAACCCUGACAAGGUUGCGCUCGACUACGCUGGCCUCCUGGUGCUGUCCCUGAACAACAUGAAACUGGACUCGGGCAUCCCCGUCACCGUGGAGAGCAACGCCGGCACCAAGUCCUUCAAAAAUUUGAUCACGGGUGGCAGCGUGUGCUUCGUUCACGGCGGCGGAAACUCGUUCGACGCCCUCCGGGUUCUUGCGCAGGAGCUCCUGUCGGAUGCGUGAGGGCGCGCGGGCGAGCCGCACACAUUUUGAGGCCGUGCCGCAGCCUUCGCUGGGGCUCCCGAAGCGUGAGACAGGUCCUACGCUGGGCAUCGGCAGCGACUGGAACGGCAGCAUGGGCAGAGGCGACACAACCAUCACCCGGAC